AUGGCUUCCCCGGAUCCAGAGGAGCUUUCCACAGAUGUUUACAAGCAAGACGGACAACUGGAUCCCCUCCACGUCCUUGACUUGGCUCCCAGUCUGCCGCUGCAGCAUGGUGGAAAGACGGGCGGUUCAACAGGCGGAGCGCUCUCCAGAGGAGGUGACACGGCCCGGGGCUGCCAGGGACGCUGCGGUUCAGCACCGAGGACAGCGGCGGCGGGGGAGGAGCAGGAAGAGGUGAGAGUCAAAGUUUGCUGCGACGAGGAACUGGAGACAUCUUUCAUCGACGAGAACGUUAACCUGCGACCGGCAAGCCCGCAGUCUAGCUGCAAAAGCGUCCGCGGAGCCACGUGUUUUAAUGGUGACGCCCGUCCCGGGACGCUACCGGAACUGUCACUCAUGUCCGAGGACGACCUGUCCCUCUUGGAUGGCUCAGACAGCUCGGUGGACUAUGGCUUUAUCAGCGCGGUUACGUUCCUUGUGACGGGGAUCUCUCUGGUGAUCAUCUCCUACGCGGUGCCACGUGAUGUGGUGGCAGACCGUGACAGCGUCUCGGCCCGGGAGAUGGAGAGGCUGGAGAUGGAGAGUGCUCGGAUAGGGGCCCACCUGGACCGCUGUGUGAUAGCGGGCCUGUGCCUGCUGACGCUGGGCGGGGUGGUGCUGUCCACGCUGCUCAUGAUCUCCAUGUGGAAGGGAGAGAUGUACAGGAGACAGCUCUUGGCAUAUUCAAAGCGCACGGCCAAACUGUACGGCUCCAUCAACCUACAGACAAGACCCAGCCCCACUCACGCCUCUGCACGCCUGACCCUUGAGGAGGAAGUAGAGGAAACUUUGACUUAA